UGGCUACAGUAUCACGAGGAAUAGGAUGGAAGAAGACUCAAGCAGAUUUAAAAUCCACAGGGCAGUUUUUUACAAGAAAAAGAAACGGUCUUCUGUGUCCGAGGAAAGACCCCAAAUAAGAACCCCUGAGACCCUGGAGAGUGAGCAUCCUCCGGUGUCCAAGCCAGGGAAGAAGAGGAGGAAGGAGUCCCAGAUUCCAGCCCCCGAGACCCUGGAGAGUGAGCAUCCUCCGGUGUCCAAGCCAGGGAAGAAGAGGAGGAAGGAGUCCCAGAUUCCAGCCCCUGAGACCCUGGAGAGUGAGCAUCCUCUGGUGUCCAAGCCAGGGAAGAAGAGGAAGAAGGAAUCCCAGACUCCAGCUCCUGAGAACUUGGAGAGUGAGCAUCCUCGGGUGUCCAAGCCAGGGAAGAAGAGGAAAAAGGAGUCCCAGACUCCAGCUCCUGAGAGCUUAGAGAGUGAGCAUCCUCGGGUAUCCAAGCCGGGGAAGAGGAGGAGGGAGUCCCAGACUCUAGCUCCUGAGAUCCUGGAGAAUGAGCGUCCUCGGGUGUCCAAGCAAGGGAAGAGGAAGGAGUCCCAGACACCAGCCCCUGAGAGCUUGGAGAGUGAGCAUCCUCACAUAGCCAAGAGGAAAAAAAGGAGGGAGUCCCAGACACCAGCCCCUGAGAGCCUGGAGAGUGAGCGUCCUCACAUAGCCAAGAGGAAGAAGGGGAGGGAGUUCCAACAACUUACUUCUUCCCUUCUGAAAAAUUCAGAAACCUUCCAUAAAGCCAAAAAGACCAUUUCUACCCAUAAAAAAAAGAGAAGUAGUGUGUGGGAGGUGGAUGUGGAAACAGGGAUCAUUCUUGUAAAUAAAGAAAACAUAGAGAACCUGCUGGAGAGUUCUAGAAAAGAUGUGGAUAUUGUUUAUGUAGAUGUGAGCAAGGGACAAAAGUCAGCAGAAGCAGACAAAGCAGAGGAGCUGUCUGUUGCUGAGUCCCAGAAACAUGACUGUCAAGAGCUGCACACUGAUGUUAGGAGCAAAAAGAAUCAAAAGCAUUUGAAGAAAGUUGUAUCCAGGGAUGCUGUACGGGAAAGCCAGCAUGAGAACAUCAUCUUGCCCCACUCAGAAUCCUUAUCUUCUGUGAAUCUAGAAGGCAAAAGCACAGAACUAGCAGUGUCUUGUAAAAAGUCUGAGGAAAAAGUGUUCAAGAACCAGGAAUUGGAGGUCAUGCCUGAGAGUGUUGGUAGCACACACCCUGGAGGAGAGGCUGGGACUGGAGAAGGAGGUGAGAGGAUCAAAGGAUCCCACAGUAUCAGGAAAAAGUCUAAGAAAAGGAAGUGUGCAUCUGUUCCUAUUGCCGCCUCUGGUGACAGUGUCUCACUGCCUGACAACAGUGCUGAGAAUGCCCUCGUGGAUUCAUUGGAAGGCAGCAAUGCUUUGAGGGAAGAGGAUGUGGACCACAGACCAAGGGAGGCAGGAACCCAGGCUUGUUCCAGCGAGAAGCAUGCAGAAGAGAUGCAGAGGUUAGAAUCCACCCCUGAAGAAGAAAGCAAUUUGGAAUCAGUCAGCAAUUCCGCAACAAGAUAUGUAUCUGAAGAUGGGAGAGACUCUGACGAAUCGGAUGUGGAUUUGGGCUCUGCAGUGAAGCAGCUCCAAGAGUUCAUUCCUGACAUACAGGAAAGGGCAGCCACCACAAUCAGACGCAUGUAUCGGGAUGACCUGGGACGAUUCAAGGAAUUUAAGGCACAAGGUGUUGCUAUUAGAUUUGGCAAAUUUUCUGCUAAAGAAAAUAAACAAAUAGAGAAAAACGUGCAAGAAUUCCUGUCCCUGACUGGAAUUGAGAGUGCAGACAAGCUGCUGUACACAGACAGAUAUCCAGAGGAGAAGUCUCUGAUCACCAAUUUAAAACGAAAGCAUGCAUUCAGGCUGCACAUUGGGAAAGGUAUCGCUCGGCCCUGGAAGCUUGUGUACUACCGCGCAAAGAAGAUCUUUGAUGUGAAUAAUUACAAAGGCAGGUACAAUGAAGAAGAUACUAAGAAGCUAAAGGCAUACCAUUCCCUCCAUGGAAACGACUGGAAAAAGAUCGGGGCAAUGGUAGCCCGAAGCAGCCUCUCUGUUGCCCUGAAGUACUCUCAGAUUGGUGGUCAUAUAAACCACGGUGCUUGGAGUAAGACUGAAACCCAGAGACUAAUCAAGGCUGUGGAGGAUGUGAUCCUAAAGAAAAUGUCUCCCCAGGAGUUAAGAGAGCUGGAUUCUAGACUCCAGGAAGACCCUGAAGGUCGCCUGUCCAUUGUCCGGGAAAAACUGUACAAGGGCAUUUCAUGGGUGGAAGUGGAAGCCAAAGUGGAGACCAGAAACUGGAUGCAGUGCAAAAGUAAGUGGACAGAGAUUCUCACCAAAAGGAUGACCCAAGGUGGGUUCGUGUAUCGUGGCGUCAAUGCUCUGCAAGCCAAAAUCACCCUUAUUGAAAGGUUAUAUGAACUAAAUGUGAAUGAUGCUAAUGAAAUAGAUUGGGAGGAUCUUGCUAGUGCCAUAGGGGAUGUCCCUCCACCUUUUGUUCAGGCAAAAUUUUAUAAGCUGAAAGCUGCCUGUGUUCCUUUUUGGCAGAAAAAGACUUUUCCAGAGAUCAUUGACUACUUAUAUGAGACCAGUCUGCCUUUGCUGAAGGAAAAGUUAGACAAGAAGAAGGAGAAAAACAGUAGCCAGAUCCAGACGCCCUCAGCUCCCAAACAAGACUUCCUGUUCAAAGACAUCUUCUAUUGCAAUGACGACAGCGAUGGGGAGGGCUCAGAGGAGCCCAGUGCCCCUGGUGUGCAGUGACUGCGGUCCUCCUCUUCCUCAGACUGCUCUCUGUUCCCCUGGACCUCUUCCUGCGCAUCUUCUCUUCUGGGUGGACUGCUGGUGGUCAUAGCUGCUGGCACACUUGCGUUCGUUGCGGAAGCUCAGCUGUUAGUCUUGGAAGAAUUUGUCCAGCUGAUGCACAGCUCCCAUAGGAGUCUAGUACAGGGUGAAAGGAGGCUCCUCUGUAAGUCAGGAAAGUGAAACCACCAAGGGUGUUACAGAGAGAGAACUUUCUACCGGGGUUUAGGUAACACAAGGUGUUCUACGAGAUCACACUGUACAGGCAAAGGGGGUCACAAGAUUGAGGCCAGCCUGGGCUACAUAAUGAGACCUUGUCUCAAGCAUACACACACAGAUUGUUCGGUGGUAUGCUGGAGCCAACAGGAGGAGUGCAGAGAAGCUGUAUAGUCCUGCAGACCACCCCAAUUUUCCCAUGUUCCAACCAGCUGCUCCCAUACCCCAGGCUGUCUACUGCUGCUGGCCUGUGUCCCUCCAUCAGCACAUGCCUCUGCAGAGACAUGUGUCGGUGUGUGACCUUAGCAGAAAUCUGCUGCAAGGGAGUCUGGGACACCAAGUGUUCAGACUUGUAUCCCAUCUGUGCUGGGGAGCACAGAGAAAGGAAAGUGGCAAAUUGUACCAUAUGCUCUGUUCCCAUUGGUGCCCUCCGCAAUCUCCUGUCCCCUACAGCUCUCAGAUGUCAUUUUUGUGGCACCAUUAGAAGGUGGGCUAGACCAGCCACAGGGGAAGGAAGCACACUAAUGGGGGGCUCGGGCUUGUCACUGUACCCCAACACUUUGUAUAGUCAUGCAAUAACAUUGAGUCGUCUGGUGGUGUACACGCAUGUGUCCAGCACUCGGGUGGGGGCAGGGGAUUGGGAGUUCAAGGUGUUCUUGCCAAAUAGGUUCUAGGCCAGCCUUGGCUACAGAAGACCCUGUCUCGAACAAACAUUGAGUAAAUGUCUUAGUACAUGCUUCUCUCCAUCUGCCCCUCAGACAUCCUAGUAUCAGUGCUGACAGGACUGACUUAUUUCUACAGAAAUGAUAGUAUUAAUGUAUAAACCAAUGCUAUGUUUGUAAUAGGGAAAAAAGAAAAAUAUUACAUAUUCUGUAAUAAGAAGUAUGCUAAGUUAUGGUAUGGGCCUAGAAUGGAAUAUUAUAUGGUAAAUUAAAGUGAUAACAAUAGAUUUGAUUGACAUGAAAGUAUAUUUUUGUGAAAUAUUUCAAAGGAAUAUAUAUAUUUUCUCAAUUUUGUAAAACUUAAAAAUAAAAUUGGU